GACGGACUCGAAGAGGCACCGCCAUUGCUCGUAGUUCGCGGUCGGCAAGUCAAGGAGAACGGGAACGUGGGAACGGAUGUUCACUUGCUGCACGACGGCGGCGGGAGCAGGCUGUGGUGCAUCUGGUAGUAGGUUGGAGGAGGCAGAAGAGCUGGAGGAGGAGUGCGCCGGCGACGACAUGGCGGCGCGGCGCGCAAAAAAGAGGGAGAGCGGAAGCUAGAGAAGAGGAUCAAAGGAGUCAGCGGGUGAGCCAUGCAGGGCGUGGCGAGCGCGCGCGCGCCUUGCGGGUGACGCCGAGCGGGGCGCGCGGAGCGUGGAACGCGUGGAGCCGUGCGGAACGGAGCCGAGUGGAGCGCGUCGUCCGCGAGACGGGGAGCGCGUCGCGCGCAGGGCGCGUUGUGCGCAAGACCGCGUCGAUCAGCACAUGAGUUCCAACAUAUGCCAGUAAAUCGACCAGCAUGUCUGCCACAUUCAGGGGCACAUUCAGCGUUCCUUAGGAGAUGCGAUGCCCAUUUCUCAAUUCUCAAACACUGUAACAAAUGAGUGAUCACGUCUUUCACAGGUGUAUAACAAGUAAAUCUUUCUUUCUUUUUUUGUUUUUUUUUCCAGAGGUCAGACAAACGGGGGCUCCUAUAUAUCCUGUGGAAGAUGUUUAAGCAACUCAUCUAUAAAACCCACUAAGGCCCAUCUAUUGAAAAAAAUGUUGAACCGAUGUUUCAAAAAAUGUUGAGCCAACUUUCGAAAAAUGUUGAAUUAUUUCGAAAAUGUUGAAUCAACGUUUAAAACUCAUCUUAUCUGACGCCGGCGGCCAACGGGCAGGCAGCGCGUGGAGAAGCAGGGCACGCGGGCAGCGGCGGUGCGAGGCGGGUGGUCGGCGGCGGCAGGGUUGGAGGAGAGGGGAAGGGGAGGGAGGAAGCUGGAGUUUGAGUAUAUUUAAAGGCUGAAAUUGUUUGUACGAAUCUCAAGUAUUGGAAGGUCGGAAAGAAUUUUUCGGAAGAUGUAUAGAAUUGGUGCAAACAAGCAGACUGAAAUGAUACGGCCUUUCCACGUUCCCACGGCCCAUAGGCUUCCUUACACCACCAUCGCCGACGUUGGGCUGCAGCUUCAUCAGGCCUGCUUUUCAGUUCGGCCCAUAACUCGUGUGGAAGGAAAACCGGCCCACACCUCCACCGACCUUGGCUUCCCCUCAAACGGCGUACAGGAUUCGAAAUUCGAAGUCACAAGGAGCCGUUGGAGCGCCUCCUCGGCGGCGUCCUCACCUCCCCUCAAACGGCUCUCUCCUCCCCCCCGCUCCCUCCCGCAUACAAAAUCCUCCCCCAAUUCCAACCCCUAAUCCACGCACUCCAGAUCCGCCCACCACCGCCACCGCCGUCCACCACGCCCUGCCCCAAAUCCGCCGCGAGAGCGAGAGGACCGGCCCCCCGCGCGAGAGCGAUGGCGACGCUCCAGCACCAGCCGAAGCCGGCGGCGGCGCCGUCGACGACCACGGGCGGAGAGCUGCGCGCCAUGGACCUGUACGAGAAGCUGGAGAAGGUGGGCGAGGGCACGUACGGGAAGGUGUACAAGGCGCGGGAGAAGGCGACGGGCCGGAUCGUGGCGCUGAAGAAGACGCGGCUCCCCGAGGACGACGAGGGCGUGCCCCCCACCGCGCUGCGGGAGGUCUCGCUGCUGCGGAUGCUGUCGCAGGACCCGCACGUGGUGCGCCUGCUCGACCUCAAGCAGGGCGCCAACAAGGAGGGCCAGACCAUCCUCUUCCUCGUCUUCGAGUACAUGGACACCGACCUCAAGAAGUUCAUCCGGGGGCACCGCGCCAACCACGAGAAGAUCCCCGCGCUCACCGUCAAGGUCCUGAUGUACCAGCUGUGCAAGGGUGUGGCCUUCGUCCACGGCCGCGGGGUGCUGCACCGCGACCUCAAGCCGCACAACCUGCUCAUGGACCGCAAGACCAUGGCGCUCAAGAUCGCUGACCUCGGCCUCAGCCGCGCCAUCACCGUCCCUUUGAAGAAGUACACCCACGAGAUCCUGACCCUGUGGUACAGGGCACCCGAGGUUCUGCUUGGCGCCACUCACUACGCCACGCCGGUUGACAUCUGGUCCGUGGGCUGCAUAUUUGCUGAGUUGGUCACUAACAACCCACUAUUCCCCGGGGACUCAGAGUUGCAGCAGCUCCUGCACAUCUUCAAGCUGCUUGGCACCCCGAAUGAGCAGGUGUGGCCAGGCGUCGGCAAGCUCCCCAACUGGCACGAGUACCCGCAGUGGAAGCCCACGAAGCUGUCCACUCUUGUCCCCGGUCUCGACGAAGACGGCUACGACUUGCUUGGGAAAAUGCUCGAGUACGCGCCGGCGAGGCGGAUCUCUGCGAAGAUGGCCCUGAAGCACCCGUACUUCAAUGAUGUGAACAAGGAGCAGUACUGAAGCGAUGCGAGAAGCAGGAAUCAGGAAUCCGCUGCGAGCCUUCAUGAGUUGGCAUGAAGGUGAAGCUGCUUCUUGUAUAAGCUAAUUCUUGGCCUUGUUGGUGUGCAACUUGAUUGCCCUGAAGCAGUGCUUUUGCUUCCAGGACAGCAGUAGUAAUAGUAGUAGUAGAAGAAGAGUAUGUCUGUUUUCUAGUACCUGCUUUCUUCCUGUGCUGUGGCAUUCACUUUGGUUGUGAUGGAUAAACUAGAAAGAAGUUCAACAUAAAGUGAACUAGUAUUGACGAGUUUUUUUUUUCGCGAA